GCGAGGGGUCUCGCGCUUCCAUGGCUUGGCGGUUGACUUGAGUUUUUGAAAGCGCGAAGAUGUCUGAAGGGAAAGAUCAGUCCGCUGUCCACAACCCCGCCAUAUGUUUCGGGCAGUUACAAUAUACAGCUGAAGAAUAUCAAGCAAUCCAGAGUGCAUUGCAGAGGCGAUUAGGCCCAGAAUUCAUCAGUCAACGUCCAGCAGGUGGCGGGCAAAAGGUCUGCUACAUCGAGGGUCAUAGGGUUGUCAACCUCGCUAAUGAACUCUUUGGAUAUAAUGGUUGGUCCCAUUCCAUCACACAACAAAAUGUUGAUUUUGUGGAUCUCAUUAAUGGCAAAUUUUAUGUGGGCGUCAGUGCGUUUAUAAAGGUCCAACUCAAGGAUGGGUGUUUCCAUGAAGAUGUUGGUUAUGGAGUGAGUGAAGGACUGAAAUCCAAGGCAAUGUCCCUGGAGAAGGCCAGGAAGGAGGCGGUUACUGAUGGACUGAAGCGAUCUUUGAGAUCUUUUGGCAAUGCCUUGGGUAAUUGUAUUCUGGAUAAGGAGUACCUGCGAAUGGUUAAUAAACUACCAAAGCAGCAAACAGAUUUUCAGUUGGCUGAUGCUAAAAGAAAGGAUGAUGAACCCAUGAUUCGGAAAGCCAGGUAUAGCAGCUUAUUACAGGUUCAGCUCCAACCUCUGCGUCCUCCUGAUUCAUGUCCUCCGAACGAAGACAAUGAAGGAGAAAUUACAGACAGGAAAGAUGAAGUGGCAAGAGGAAAUUGCAGCCUUUCCCGCAACACAGAUUGCAGCACUGAUCUGGAUCCCACACACCAACGGAAACUUCGACAGAAGCAACUCCAACAACAGUUCAAAGAACAGAUGACAAAGAAACUACAACCACAGCCACACGAAACUGGUAGUUGUAGUGAAGCACAAGCAACCAAUUACCCAGUGACAACCGCACAGUCAAAAUUGGCACCAAAGGUUAAUCACAGCACACCUGUCAACCAUGAAGCUGAUUUUUUUCAGGAUAAGCUCUUGGCUGAUGAUCCUGAACUCUGGGAUAUUCCUCUGGAUGGUACCAGUUUUGAGAGUAAUCCAAAUGCCCCUCGGCAGGAACAAACUCCAUCUACACCUGUUAGAGACCAACAUCAGAUGAUGACAAGGAGCAGAACUCCACAAAAGAUAAUUCCCUCAAAACAACCACACAAUGCCUAUCAAAGCCGAACAGUAGAAUCCAGUCCUUGCCGAAUGGGGCAAUUCAUGAAGAAACGCAGAUUGGAACCUGCCUGAAAAGAUCAAUUUGCCAAAAUAUUACUUUUUUAUUGUCUUAGUUUAUACCUUUGUGUUUGGUUUGUGAGGAAUGUCCAGUGUCACUCAAAAACAGCCUUUAAGGAUAGUGCAAAUUUUCAUGUUCAUUGAAUUCCUUUAUAGGAUUUGCCUGUCUAAGUUCAUUUCAAAUCUACACCAUGUAUAACAAUGAUAUUUCCCAGGAACAUUUUAUGCUGCUAUUUUGAAUAUACAGCAUCACAAUAGAAAUGGCUAGCGAUUCUACUGAUGUAUAGAGACUCUUCCAUUAGGUGUAGAUAGUUUGCUAUGAGUACGUGUGGGGAAAUAUUGAAAAAUAUACAUUUUAAAAAUCAAUAUUAAGGGAAUUUGUUUAGAAAGCAACAAAAGCUUUCCAAGCUUGUCAAAUUUCGAAUGUACCAUUGCACUAAAAUGGGUGGGAGAAAUGGAGGACAGGUGAUAUUAUCAAGUAACGUGAUUGUAGUCUCAUUUUGUAUUGUUGAUCUUCCGAUUCUUGGUCAUCAUAAUUGUCUAAGCAUCCAGAGAUUUUUUAUUUAUUACCAAAAUAAUUGUAGACUUAAGUUCAAAAUGCAUAGAUAAUCUGUACAUUAUUUCAAAGAACGUCAGCAAUAUUUUCAUCCUCCAGACUCUAAUGCAUCUUGCAACUUGACAUGUAAAUUAUGCAAAAAGGUACAAUUAGUACAUACUCUGUCUAUUAACUGCAAAAUUCAUUAAUUUAUAUGCCUACAGGCACAAAACAUUAGUGUUUAGUCUUAAUACACUUAGUUGCCAUCUUUAUAAUCUGUCCAUGCAGACAAAAGAAUGCAAGUUCCAUUAAAAGAGACUGAGCUGGAGAAAGACUGAGUGACAUGUUUUUUAAACUGUAUUGUAUUAUUUUACCCCUUCCACAGAAUUCUAAUAUCUUUACAAUUGUACAUUUCUGUGCACUCUUGAUAUUAUCAUAAUUAAAAACUUGUGACCUUGCUUUUUCUGCCAGUUCCUCCUAAUUCCGAAAGUCCAUUCUUUUCCCGUAUUCUGUGGCUACUAUUUGAUUAACUGAAGUGAAACCGAUAAGCCCAUCUCACACACCCCCUUCCCCUGUCCUUGUAUCCCACUUUGUAACAUUCUGUUCCCAAUGCAGAAAAACAAAAGCAUUGCAUUGGUAGAUUGUUACUCACAACUGAAAUCAAGAUUUUUUAAACAUGGAAAAAAGUUCCGGUUGAGAAAAGCAUUCUACAGCAUUUUAAAGGCAAUUGAAAAAUGAUGAAGAAAUAUUAAUCAAGGUGGGAAGAAAGCGAGGCAACUCCAAAACAGUGAAAGUUAAAGGAAAUACAUAAAAUGAUCACAGCAAUCUAACAUGAAACUGUGCAGAUGGAAAGUCUAGCUAUAUUUAAGAAACAAUCGGGUUUAAUACGUAUUUUAGGAAUUUUCUGGAUUAAUUACGUGAAUGGAAGUCUUUGUCAUUCAUAGUAAUCUUGUUAACUGGGACUUAUAUGGGCAGCACUUUUCUUUUAGGGCAAUUUUAACCUAUUGAACUCCAUAAGAAACAACAUCAGAUGUACCAACUUAGCAGAUUGGUUGACUUUAACAUUGGUUCUCUAAUUACUAACACGGGACCUUCCAAAUAAGCAAACUAUAAUAUUACUAAAAUUAACCACGAAAAACAAGGCAAGGUUAUUAAUGUGAGAAAUAUGCAAACAGAUGUACUGAGAUUUUGAUCAUUUUUAUUUGAAUGAUUUCAGUUAAUAAUCUACAAAGAAAGUAACAAAUUUCAGCGCAAAGCGCAAUCUUGCAUGUAGCUCAACACCUUUAUUUAGUGCAAACAUACAAUUCAUGUUGCAAAUGAUCCCCAUAUUUCUUUACAGUGUAUAAUGUUAAAUAAUGAAAGGAGAUCUCUUGGACAGACACUGAACUCCAGAGCAACAGAAGAGAUUCAAGACUGCAAUUUGAUGGGAGGGGGAGGGUGGGGAGAAAGAUAUUACAGAAAAUAAUUUAACACCAGUCAGUAGCAUUUAUAACAUUUGUACAUUUUUUCAAUUGUUUUCCAUAAGGGAAAUGGCAAAUGGAUCAAGCUUUUUGCACAAUAUUAAAAAAAAGCCCAAGACAAGGAGAGAUGGAGAGAAAGAAAUGUGUUCUGCACCCAAAUUUAAAAUAAAAUGAAGACCAGCUGCUAUUUGCUCUAGUUGUCGUAUGAGAAUAAUUCUUAAUUAGAGCAACAUAAUACAGAAUAUAUUAACUGCAUAAAAAUAUGCACAGGAAUAGCAUACAUGUACUGAAACUCGUAACUUUCUGCCUGUACUUAAACAGGAACCAAAAACAAAUACCAAGUAACCAACAUCCUCAAUAGCAGUCCCAGGAUUAUUUAUUGCAUAUUAUUCUACAUCAACUGGAGUUGUUUUCAUGGGGAGGGGUGAAUAGUUGGGCAAAGGAAAAAAAA